AGAAUCGGCACCAGUUUAUAUGAGGUCACAACAGUAACCAAGUUUGAGAGAGGGAAAGUUACCAGACGAGGUUCAUUCAAAUUUUGCAUAUCAGAAAACCGAGUUGUGUACAGUAUAGCAGACAUGUCAAUCUACUCCACAAGCACAAGGGGGCAGUGCACACCCUACAUCAAUGAUCUGGUCAAAUUUGUCAAACUCAACAUUCGAGAACCAGAAGUCCAACCAUUUAUGUGCAAGAAGGUAUGGAUGCGGAACAGCAAUCAUCUGGUGGAAGAGAGGAAGAACCACUUGUGGAAGAAACACUACUAUCGCAGACAAAACAAUCUGUCCCGAGGAUACCACUCUGUGCCAUGGGAGCCUUUCCAAACUAUGGGAGGUGAACUUGUGAUCGAUACAGGCCAGCUCCUCAUGCAAACACUCUCACAUGUACUAGGGAAUAAGGAACUCAGGAAACACUCACACCUAUAUAUGGACAACCAGGACAUCCUCCCACCAGUAGAAAACCCACCACAUGAGAGCAUGUCAUCAGAGAGUGUUGAAGCCAGCAAGUUUUCUCGUGCAGGUUUCGAAGAUAUCAUGGAGGCUCUCCAGAUAACCCGGGCGCGUAUUGCAGCAGUUAGAGCUGGUUUUCCUUAUGAGGAACAUGUUCGUCUCAUUGAGAACAUGUGUGGGAGUGGUGAUGAUCAGCAAGACAAUGACAUGGAACUGCUGUCCCUCACAGACCUGGGUCUGCUGGCCAUGCAGUCUCGCCACACAGGGGAGUCGGACAACGACAUGGACCAGGAGUCAGGUGACCGGUCUUCUCCAGGCAAGCCAUUCCUCACCUCCAGCCCACAUGAAACUGAUCACAAGAGCCCAACUGUUGUCCAGUCAGGAGAUGGAGAAGACAUUGUUCCCACCUCUUCUAUCUGCUCCUCUGAGCUGGAGUCUGGUAGCCAUGACAACAAGAUGAUUCAUGUUGGCAGUCUUCUGAGAGAGAUGCAAGAACGAAGAUGCAGAGACCAUAUAGAGUAUCUGAAUGCCAUCUACAGUGUCAUCUUGUCACUCCGGCGGAUGCAAACACGUGACCUCCGCAGCAAGACUCCUCUGUCACGUGAGAAUCUCCGAGAGCUGAUGAAAGCCUCAAGUGGGACUGAGAGGGAUAGUCGACUUGGUCAAGUACGGUUCUCUCGCAACUAUAACCGCCAUAUGUCCAUGGACACGAGUCUGUCAGGAGACACCUCUUCCAUGAGUCAGGAUGGAGGACGAUUAUCCAUUCUCGGGCCAGGAGUUAUGACACAGCGUCGCAGUCGUGUGGGGUCGGUGAUGGGGCAACUAGCAGGAGCUAAUUCAAGACGCAAGUCUCGGAUGUGGGAGCGUGACUACCUCCGUGUUGACACCUGGGAUGAACUGAUGAGCUUAGAUGAAAAGACUGCCAGUGGUGGAUCCCCUGCAGCCAUGACACAGAAUAUAAUCCUCAGAACACUCAAAUGGUCACGGAAUUUGCAGGAGCUUGGUACAUUGUGGAUACUUACAGAAGUUUUCUGCAGGAAAAUGACCCCUGUGCAAGCUGACAGCGUUGAGGAACGAGAGGCGAAGCGACAACCCCUCUGGCAGCAGGUGGCAAUGGAGAAAAACACUGAUAUCUUUCCAAAGAGCAACCGGAAGCAGAGCAAGGUGGAGGAUAAUGCCAUGAUGGUUCAGAGGGUGAAGCACAACUUGGGCAAGCUGAAGCACAACCUGCAGAUGGAGUCGGGUGCUGAACUGCAAAGACUGGAGAGAACAAAGAUGGUGUCAUUCAAGUUCAAGAUGCAGUGUUUUGAUGACAUGCAGCCGAGGUCCCUUUUCGAGAAUCACUGUGAGCGCAUGCAAAAUUCUGUACAACUUAUCUGUGCCAACCCUGAUGUGGAAAUACAGCCAUCUAGGUGGUACGAUGAGCUGAGAGAGAGAACCCAAAUGAAGAUAGCAGAGAAUGAUCCAGAUAUCAAUGAAGCCUUGUCAAAGAUCGGCCGAUUCUCUCAGUUUGGAGCAAAGACUGUUCUUUAUGCAAAAGCCAAGCUUUGUCUCCUUGUAAUGUCGCUGCCUGCGUUUGAAGUCUGCAAAAUUUCCAUGCAAGCUGCAUUGAAGUUUGUCAUGGAGAAGAUCCUGGUGGGCCAGGAAGAGGUCCUCCAUCACUGGCUGAAUCAACGCCGACUACCCUGGGUGCUGGUACGGUAGUCACUGUAGUCACCUUAGUAAAGAGAGCAAUUAUAUCC